CCCUGACGGGGUCGUCUGUGUGUAUCCAUGGUCGUCCUGAUCUGGUCCCGGUCCUGAUCUGCUUCUGCUCCACAUGUACCGGCUGCUACCGAGGCGGCUGUGGCCGCUCAGCGGACCACCGGGCCUCCGGCAGCCCGCCUCUCCGCGCUUGUUGAGCGGGCUGCCUGCCGCGAAGGUCCGCAGCACCUUUCUGGACUUCUUCACGGAGAAACACGGACACCUGCUGGUCCCGUCCUCCCCGGUCCGUCCCCGAGGAGACCCCAGCCUGCUGUUCGUUAACGCCGGCAUGAAUCAGUUUAAGCCAAUCUUCCUGGGAACGGUGGACCCCCGCAGCGAGAUGGCGUCUUACCGCCGGGUGGUCAACAGCCAGAAGUGCGUUCGAGCCGGUGGGAAACACAACGACCUGGACGACGUUGGCCGAGACGGAUACCACCACACGUUCUUUGAGAUGCUGGGCAGCUGGUCGUUUGGAGACUACUUCAAGGAGGAAGCGUGUCACAUGGCGUGGAGCCUCCUCACAGAGCAUUAUGGGAUCCCUGUGGACCGACUGUACGUGUCUUACUUCGGCGGGGACGCCGCGUCCGGGCUCCCAGCUGACGAGGAGACGCGUCUCAUCUGGCUGGACGUCGGCGUCCCCCCCGCGCGCCUCCGGCCCUUUGGGAUGAAAGACAACUUCUGGGAGAUGGGGGAGUCGGGCCCUUGCGGCCCCUGCACCGAGAUCCAUUAUGACCACGUGGGCGGCAGAGACGCCGCGAUGCUGGUCAACGCCGACAGUCCAGAGGUGGUGGAGAUCUGGAACCUGGUCUUCAUGCAGUACAACCGGGAGGCGGACCGCAGCCUGCGGCUGUUGCCCCGGUUCAGCGUGGACACCGGGUUGGGCCUGGAGCGGCUGGUGAGCGUCCUGCAGGGAAAAACCUCAAACUACGACACAGACCUGUUCACUCCGCUGCUGCACGCUAUCCACCAGAGGUCGCGGGUGAGGCCGUACGAGGGCGGGUCCAGCGGAGGGCAGGUGGAUCUGGCUUACAGAGUCGUGGCCGACCACAUCCGGACUCUGGCGGUGUGCAUCGCUGACGGCGUCCACCCGGGCAUGUCUGGGGCCGAGUUGGUGCUGAGGAGGAUUUUGCGGCGGGCGGUCCGUUUCUGUGUGGAGGUCCUUCAGACUCCUCAGGGAGCGCUGGCCGGCCUGGUUCCCACCGUCACACACCUGCUGGGCGACACGUAUCCGGAGCUGCGCCGCGAGCAGGAUCGCGUGAUCGAUGUCAUCAACGAGAACGAGGAUCAGUUUCUGUCGUCCCUGCAGCAGGGCAGCCGGCUGAUCCGGCGCACGCUCGGCCGCAUGAAGUCCAAACAGGAAGUCUUCCCUGCCUCAGUGGCCUGGUCUCUGCACCGGGACCUGGGCUUCCCUCUGGACCUGGUGGACUUGAUGCUGGAGGAGUCGGGGGUCCGGGUGGACUCUCAGGAGCUGGACCGCCUGAUCGCAGAGAACCAGAAGGCGAACGCCGACCUGCCUGCGGGCGCCGCGUCCCCUGAGGCGCUAGACGUGGUCAGCUUGGCGGAGCUGCGGCGUCUCGGGGUCCCCCACAGCGACGACGGCCUCAAAUAUUCCUACCGCUUGGAGCGCGGGCGAUACGUGUUCCCAACAUGCCGGGCGAGCGUCCUGGCUCUGUAUGACGGCGGCGCCCUGGUGUCGGAGGUCGGGGAGGGUCGGCGCUGCGGGGUGGUGUUGGACCGGACCUGCUUCUAUUCCGAGCAGGGCGGUCAGUCGCACGACCGAGGGUACUUCACCCGGGACGGGCUGCAGGAUGUGCUGUAUCCGGUGGAGGCGGUGGUCCAAGCCGGGGGAUACGUGGUCCACCAGGCGGUUGCGGCGGACAGCCUGCGGAUCGGAGACCAGGUGCAGCUUCACCUCGACCAGGCGCACCGGCUGUCCUGUAUGGUGAAACACACGGCCACUCACGUGCUCAACUUCGCUCUGAGGAAACUUCUGGGCCCGUCGACGCAGCAGAGGGGAUCUCACGUGUCCGCCGACCGUCUGCGCUUCGACUGCAGCAUCAAGGGCUCCCUGAGCAGCUCUCAGCUGCAGCAGCUUGAAGAACUCAUCAGUAUCAUCAUCUCAGAAAACCAGGUGGUCCACAGCCAGGAGGUCCCCCUGCAGGCCGCUCGCAGCAUCGCAGGCCUGAGGACGGUGGACGAGGUGUAUCCCGACCCGGUCCGUGUGGUGUCUCUGGAGGUUCCAGUUUCGGAGCUGCUGGACGGCCAGACGGCCCGGGAGACGUCUGUGGAGCUCUGCUGCGGAACCCACCUGCUGCGGACCGCAGACAUCGAGGACCUGGUGAUCACCUCAGAGAGGCAGAUGGUGAGAGGAAUCAGCCGGAUCAUCGCCGUGACGGGACGGGAAGCCACACAGGCUCGGGAGGCGGGACACGUUCUGUCAGAGGAAGUGGACUCGCUGUCCGUCAGGUUGUCAGACGGCACGCCCUCAACCAUCGACGCCACCCGGCGCCUCGCCAAGGAGGUCGGCGUCCUCUCUGACGCUGUGGACAACACGCCCAUCCCCCAGUGGCAGCGCAAGGAACUGCAGGCACGCCUGAAAGCCCUGCAGAGGAGCGCCAACACCCGCCUGCGCAAGCUUGAAGCCAAAGAGGCUGCAGUGAAGGCUCAGGAGGUGCUGGAGAAGAGGGAGAAGUUGAAAGAUGUGUUUGUGGAUCACGUGGAGACAGACUCUCUGUCGGUGCUGAUGAAGACCGUGAACCAGCUCAGCUCCGCCGCGCCACUCAGCCAUGUGAUGCUGCUGGCUCCCCAGAGGGAUUCUGGGAAAGUUUUCUGUGCUUGUCAAGUUCCAAAGGAUUCGCCAAUCCUCGCUGCCUCCGAUUGGGCAAUGGCCGUUUGUCAUCACUUCGGUGGGAACGCCGGAGGGUCAGCGGUGGUCGCCAAGGGAAUGGGGAACUGCAGCGAUGUGUCCGAGGCUCUCCGGUGGGCGGAGGAGUUUGCUCGCCGUACAACACAGCGAUGAUAGCGUCAGUAGGCCGCUGUGCGGCCUCUGAUAGAACUUUGUUUUUUUUUAUAAAGGUUUCUUUUUUGUGGAAAGAAAAAGGAAUCAUCUGUACUACUCAGUCACCACUUUAUUAUGAGUAUAUAGUCACACACCAUCUGACCAAUCAGAGAGCAGGAGGGCACACAGGUGGCUCUGCAGGUCCGGGCCGGGGUCAGGCUGCUCCGCCGUCCUCACAGCAGAGACAGUUCGAGCCACUGAAGGAGACA